UCACCCCAUUCCUCACAACCCCACCUCAAUCCAUCCUAUCUUCCCAGAAAUCAAUGGCCAGAUUUAAUGGACCCAUCAGCUACAUUUAUGUGGUCUUCACCCUUUUGGGCCUAGCCUGUGGAGCUAGGGUCCCACAACUGAGAGGAUUUGUUAGUACCCGAAAUACCCAAUUCGUCCUAAACGGGUCCCCUUUCCUUUUCAAUGGUUUCAAUUCCUAUUGGAUGAUGAAUGUUGCAACUGACCCUACUGAGAGGCACAAGGUCUCUGAUGUGCUCCGGGAGGCCGCCGCAGCCGGCCUCACCGUAUGUCGGACGUGGGCCUUUAGUGACGGAGGCGAUCGGGCUCUGCAGAUGUCGCCUGGUGUAUAUGACGAACGCGUUUUUCAGGCUCUUGAUUUUGUGAUUUCAGAGGCACGACGAUAUAAGGUCCGCCUUAUUUUGAGCUUGGCAAACAAUUUCAAAGAUUUCGGUGGACGACCGCAGUAUGUUCAAUGGGCGAGAAAUGCAGGUGCACAAGUUAGCAGCGACGAUGAUUUCUAUACAAAUCCGGUCGUGAAGGAUUAUUAUAAGAAUCAUGUCAAGAAAGUGUUAACCAGGUUCAACACCAUCACCCGAAAGGUGUAUAAAGAUGACCCGACGAUCAUGGCAUGGGAGCUCAUCAACGAACCACGUUGCCAAGCCGACUAUUCAGGAAAUACAGUACACGGCUGGGCUCAAGAGAUGGCAACAUACACAAAGUCUAUAGACAGAAAUCACAUGCUGGAGAUAGGGAUGGAGGGUUUUUAUGGGGAUUCAAUGGCAACAAAGAAGCAAAAUAACCCUGGUUACCAAGUUGGGACUGAUUUUAUAAAGAGUAAUCUCAUUAAGGAGAUUGAUUUUGCUACAAUACAUGCAUAUCCUGAUAUAUGGUUAUCUGGACAAAACGAUGGCGCGCAGCUUGAGUUCAUGCAGAGAUGGAUGGCGAGUCACUCGGUCGACUCGAGACAGAUACUGAAGAAGCCGCUAGUUCUCGCCGAAUUCGGAAAAUCUAAGAAAGACCCAGGUUACAGCAUAGGCGUCCGAGACUCAUACCUGACCGCUGUUUAUCGGAACAUUUACAACUUUGCGCGUGGCAGUGGCGGAGGGGCGAUGUGCGGCGGCCUGGUAUGGCAGCUCAUGGCAGAGGGGAUGGACUCAUACUAUGAUGGCUAUGAGAUCAUCCUACCCCAGAGUCCCUCCACAAGUGCAGUCAUCACCACACAAUCUCACAAAAUGUCAGCCCUUGGUCACAUGUUAGGUAGGCCACAUAAUCAUAAAUUCACAAAGGCGCAGGUUGUGAAAAAUGAUCAUUCGUUGAGCGCGCAGCACGGGCAUGCAUUAAGCGAGCCACACGGACGUAGGUUAGGCAGACGGCGUGGGAAUACACCAAGCAGGCCAGAUAACCGGAUACAUGAUCACAUGUUUUCUAGGACAUAUGGUUGGAAAAGGCCUCAUGUGCUAACUGGGCCAAAGAAAUGGAGGAAGACAUGGCCUUAGGGCGAUUCAAAAAUGAUUUUAUUUCAAAUUUUUUUUUCUCUAUUUAGAACUUGUUGCGUUGUUAUUUAGGGUUAGGGUUUAGGAUUUUAGAAAGCAGAGAUGGAUUGGAAUGUGUUUGUCAUCCUCCUGUUAGCUAUACUGUUCUGUGGAAAUAAUCAUUAGCUAUUGUUAGAGUAUAUGUGUGUUCUUUUACUUUGGUACUUCCAAGACACAAUUUCACUUGUAUUUUUACGCAAUUAAUAAAAUAGGUUAGAGAGAUCAUUUUUCUCCCUGGCCAAUAAAUUUUCUUA